UUAGGAAUAUAAUUUCGAGGCCAGCCUGUAUGAUACAGUGAGUUCCAAGCUAGUAUGGGGUAUAUGCCAUGAGGUCUUACCCAGUUAGAAAAGACCAAAAAUAAAUAAAACCCCAGGAGCAGAACAAAAGGUGCCAAAUUUGCUUUGCUACAUUACUCUUACAGGGAUUAAGUUCUUAGAAGAAUGGAUCCUGGAAGGGAGGCUUCUCUUGACCUGUCCUCACUGUCAUGUGUCUUUCUUGGUUGGCUGAGCAGCUUGAGGGAGUGGAGUUGGCAACAUGGCAGGGGAACGGCUCUGCCCACACCCAGAUGGCAGGAGCACCAGAGUUUCUAUGAGAAACAUUGUUUACUGACUUAGACACUGGGGAUUUGUCCUCAACAGUAUGCCUUUGAGUUUCAGCUUCAAUUAACCCAGCCUUGAAUGGAGAACAUUGCCUUUUACUCUGAUGUUUGUUGUUUUUGGAGAUAGGAUCUCUGUACAAAGCCCUGGCUGUCCUUCAACUCCUACGUAAGACCAGGCUGACCUUAAAGUCGGCCUCCCAAGUGUUGGGAUCAAAGGCAUGGGUUCACCAUGCCAGCUUGCCUUUUACUUUGGAGUCAGCCUUGCAGAGCGUGUGUGUGUGUGUGUGUGUGUGUGUGUGUGUGUGUGUGUUUCUUGGAGAGAGGGGCUGGGUUGGAGCUCACAAUCCUGUCUCAGUCUCUCAGGUGCUGGGGAUUUCAGGCCUGUGCCACCUAUGUCAAGUUGUUGAUCUUUACCAAGCCCCAGACAGGGCUGUCCUGAAACUUGCUCUGUAGACCAGGCUGGCCUCAAAUUUAGAGAUCUGCCUGCCACUGCCUUUCGUGUGCCAGAAUUAAAGGCAUGUGCCACCACUACCACCUGACUCAUUUGCCUUUUUAAAAGGAGAUAAUUUUGAUUUGUCUUUUUAAAAGGAGAUAAUUUUGUUGUUUUUGUCUUUUUUGCGAUGGGGUCUCAUAGUGUUGCCAGAUUGGUCUGGGUUUUUUAUUUAUUAAUUUUUUUAAUAUUUACUUAUUAUGUAUAUAAUGUUCUGUCUGUGUGUAUGCCUGAAGGCCAGAAGAGGGCACCAGACCUCAUUACAGAUGGUUGUGAGCCACCAUGUGAUUUCUGGGAAUUGAACUCAGGACCUUUGGAAGAGCAGUGCUCCUUUAGAACCUGCUUCCUGCUGCGUCUACACCUGGGAGGGCAGCAACCAGAACAUUUCACUCUACCUAUGGAAACUCAGGCUGACCUUGCAUCUCAGGAACCUCCACCCCUGCUGGAGAGUGCUCUUUCUUCUUCAGAAGUCCCUUCCUUUCCUGACAAGGACAGCCUGGGACAUGAGGUGUUGGCUGCUGCACUUCUGAAGGCCAAGUCCCAGGAGUUGGUGACAUUUGAGGAUGUAGCUGUCUACUUCAUCUGGAAAGAGUGGAAACGUUUGGAACCUGCACAAAGGGACCUCUACAGGGAUGUGAUGCUGGAGAAUUAUGGGAAUGUGUUCUCACUGGAUUGUGAAUCUAAAACUGGAAAUGACCAAGUAAUCUCUGAAGGCAUGGGGUCACAUGAGAUGAUGUUGGGACAGUUCCAAACGGAUGGUUCUCAGGGUCUUAAGUUUGGAGAAGCCUAUGAACAAGAAGUCAGUCUGAAGAGACAGCUAGGGAACUCCUCUGUUGGAAGACUGAAUAGGAAAAUACAGGAGUUCCACCAAGCGACAGCUGAGGAAAAGCUCACCCAUAUGGGACAAAGAAAUGACAAGUAUAAUGAGUUCGGGAACAGCUUCACUGUCAAUUCCAACCUCAUUUCACACCGGAGAUUUCCCGUGGGACACAGACCCCAUAAGUGUGAUGAAUGUAACAAGAGUUUUAAUCGAACUUCAGACCUUAUUCAACAUCAGAGAAUUCACACUGGGGAAAAGCCCUAUGAAUGUAGUGAAUGUGGAAAGGCCUUCAGCCAGAGCGCACAUCUUAUUCAGCACCAGAGAAUCCACACUGGAGAGAAACCUUAUGAAUGUAAAGAUUGUGGGAAGACCUUCAGUUGUAGCUCUGCUCUCGUUCUACAUCAGAGGAUCCACACUGGGGAGAAACCUUAUGAAUGUAAUGAAUGUGGAAAAACAUUCAGUUGGAGCUCCACUCUUACUCACCAUCAGAGAAUCCACACUGGUGAGAAGCCCUAUGCUUGCAACGAAUGUGGGAAGGCUUUCAGCCGGAGUUCCACCCUUAUCCAUCAUCAGAGAAUCCAUACUGGAGAAAAACCCUAUGAAUGUAAUGAGUGUGGGAAGGCCUUCAGCCAGAGCUCACACCUCUAUCAGCACCAGAGAAUCCACACUGGAGAGAAGCCCUAUGAAUGUAUGGAAUGUGGGGGGAAGUUUACCUACAGUUCAGGCCUUAUUCAGCAUCAAAGGAUCCACACAGGGGAAAAUCCCUAUGAAUGUAGCGAGUGUGGGAAAGCCUUCAGGUAUAGCUCAGCUCUUGUUCGCCAUCAGAGGAUUCACACUGGAGAGAAGCCUUUGAGUGUAAUGGGUGUAAGCAGAAAUUCCCUCAGGGUUUCUGCUGAAUUAAACAUCAGAGACUCCACAUGAGAGAGCCAUAUACCAUUUUCCUCACUUCCUGAGUCUAAAGAGCUCUUGCCUUACUUUAUAAAUAGCACCAAUUUAGGAUGUUUCCCUUCUCAAACCUUUCACUCAGAGUGGGGCAGAUUGGGAAAAACAUCCUGGCACAGUGAUGAGCAAGAUUUCCCAGGAGUGGAUACCAGUCUUGAAAAAUCGUGAGGCAAGUAGCAGAUUAAGCAGUGGGAAAAGGAGGAAGCUUGGGGACCAGUCAUUCCUGUUUUAGGAAGGGUUUGCACUAAACCAAUUUUCUCACACCAGAAGAGCCUUUCUUUCUAAGUUGGGGAUGGACAUUUAAUUCCAAGGAUCCCACUAGUCAGAGUCAAUCUGGCGAGCACAGAAGACAGAGGGAAGAAUAUUCUAGGUCAUCUAGAAAGGGAAACAAGCUGUAUUUCUUUUUCUCCCCCCCCCCCUUCUUUUUUUGAGAUAGGUCUAGCCCUAGCUUUUCUUGAACUCACUGUGUAGACCAGGCUGGCCUUGUACUCGGCAAGACCUGCCUGCCUUUGUCUCUGAAGUGCUGGGAUUAAAGGCAUAUAUACAACCAUGCCAGGCCCCCAGUUUUGAGAUUGGACAAGGAAUAUGCUGCUUUGAUACAUGACUUCAUGAAUUUAGGAAACUUGAUGCUAAUGGGUUCAUUUUAUUGGGGGUAGGGUGGGGGAAGGACCCCAGCAAGGGUCUGUAGUGACUACCCUUGGAACUCUUGAAGCAGUGAUAACAUGUUUUCAUGAGCAGUCUGGGGACUAGAGAAACAGCUCAGAUGUUAAAAGCACUGCUCUUGCAGAGGUCCUGAGUUCAGUUCUCAGCAAUCACAUGGUGGCUCACAAUCAUCUAUAAUGAGAUGUGGUGCCCUCUUCUGGCAUGCAGGCAUGCAUGCAGACAGAACACUAUACACAACACUGGAGGCAGACCCUACAUCCUUCCUUGUAAUAGGACUGACUAGAAGGACUCUCACUGGAGCAGUAACUAAACUGCGGUAGAUCAGAAGCAUUUAAUACUGGCCUGACUCCUGCCCCUUUCUUCCUAUUCCUGUGGCAAAAGGUAAUUUGAUGUCAACCUCUAGUUAUUAAGGAUGUUGUAGGGAGCUCAUCUCCCUAGCUUGUCCUGCCCUCUCGCCUCUAACAUCUGGUCUCAGCAGCUGCACCUCUCCAGAUUCCAUCUGACUUCAGCUACUUGAGAGUACACAAACAGUAAAUUCAGAGGGGCACUGAGGCCCAAGCUUGGCAGCAGGGCACCUUGCUGGGUUCUGGUGGUGCUCUAACCAACAGAUGACUUUCCAUAUUUCUCCAACCCUGCUCAACCUGUAGCUUAAGAGAAAUGCACUUAAUUAAACAGAAUAGUCUUUCAGAAGAGGAGAUGGAGUAGAUGUUUGUAUAGGAAUCAAAGUUAUGUCAGUUAAAAUAGCACAGAAACCAUAAAUGCAACCCAAAAGUAAACUUUGAUAACCACCUUUUGGUCACAAACGUGAGAUUUUUCUUGUCUGACAUAGCUCUUUCAAACUCUUUGUAGACACUCUUGUAGACUAUAUAAACAUCUGCAGCUACUCCCACCUUCAUAACAAAUCAGAAUUUCAUGAGCUGUAGUCAUUUUGUGUGAUAUAAUGUCCAAGACUGACAACGAAAACUGAAAGUGUACUUGGCUCUUUUGGAGCAAGGAGCAUAUUUCUCUGUCUUGGUUUGGUGUUUAUAGAAAGAUACGGCUAUGGAGAAUGGCAGGCUGGGAAUGGGAUGAAGAGGUUAGCAUUAAGAUGGCUGUGAACUCCCAGCACUUGGGAGGCAGAGGCAGGUGAAUCUAUGUGAGUUCAACAAACCUGGUCUACAAAGCUAGUUCUAGGACAGCCAAGGCUACACAGAGAGAAACCCUGUCUUUCAAAAACAAAAACAACAAAACCCACGAACUCACUUUUUUUUGUUGGUAGAAUAUUGUAACGGGUCAUCUAAUAUGUAUCUUUAAUUUCACAAAUUUUUGAAACUGAUCAUCUUUGGCUACUCUGUCAUUGCCAGGCCUAGUGGUUUAGGUCUCUAAUGUCAACUACUUGGGGGGCUGAUAGAAGAGGAUCCCAAGUUCUAGGCCUUCCUGCACUAUAAAAUGAGUUUAAGGCCAGCUUGGACAAGUUACUAAGGAGAACAUUCCAUUGUUUGUCUUUCUAACUACUGGAAAUUAAGCUGAGCCAAGUCUGCCUUCUUGCCAGUUAUACAAUCAGCUUCUAGUUCUGUCUUUUCAAGCAGCACGUAAUUCUUUAUCAAACAAAACUUUGAAGAACAUUUUUUUCUUUUGCUUUUUUUUUUAUUUUUUUUAUUUUUUGAGGCAGGGUUUCUCCGUAGCUUUUGGUUCCUGUCCUGGAACUAGAUCUUGUAGAUCAGGCUGGCCUCAAACUCACAGAGAUCCGCCUGUCUCAUCUCUGCCUCCCGAGUGCUGGGAUAAAAGGCGUGCGUCACCACCGCCCGGCUCUUUUGCUAUUUUUGAGACAGAGUUUGUCUGUGUAAUACUGACUGUCCUGGAACUUGUUCUAUACGUCUGGCUGGCCUCGAACUCACUGAGAUCUGCCUGCCUUUGCCUUCUGAUUGCUGGGAUUAAAGGUGUGCACCACUAUGUCUGUCUUGGUGAACAUUUUCAUUCAUAGCAAAAGA